UUGGCCUUAUGGUGUUCUGAUUGGAUUGAAGUGACGUUAGUUACGUGAGUUUUACAUGAUGGCGGCGACCACAGAGAGCUGCAAUGCUGUACCUAAGAAAGCUCAUUUGGGCAUUCCUGAGGCUGUAUUUGUAGAAGAUGUAGAUGCCUUCAUGAAACUCCCUGGGAAUGAGACUUCAGACAUGGUGUUGAAAAAGUUGGAUGAACAGUAUCAGAAGUAUAAAUUUAUGGAACUUAACUUGGGUCAGAAGAAAAGGAGAUUAAAAGGUCAAAUUCCUGACAUCAAACGGACGUUAGAAAUUUUAAAACACAUGCAGAAGAAAAAGGAAACAACAGACCCAAUGGAGACGAGAUUUUUACUUGCAGGCAAUCUGUAUUGUAAAGCCUUGGUUCCGCCUACAGACAAAGUUUGCUUAUGGUUGGGGGCUAAUGUGAUGCUAGAAUAUGAUAUUGAUGAAGCCCAAGCACUUCUAGAGACGAAUUUGUCUACAGCAACACGGAAUUUAGAUUCGCUUGAAGAAGAUUUAGAUUUUCUUCGUGACCAGUUCACCACCACUGAAGUCAGUAUCCUUUAUUGUAGAAGUCUGUGUAGAAAGAAAAGCCAGUAGGGCCAAUCACAGCAU